GAUAUUUACUGUUGCCAAACAGUUCAAAAUUUGAUCAAUAAUAAAAUAAAAUAAUAAUAAUACAACAACGACGACAAAUGUACCCCCAAACAAUGCUCGCCGGAGAUACACAUAACGCCGGCCGGAGUAAUAAUUUCAACCUUUCAGAACAGAGGACCGAAGACUCAAUGGCGUCCGUUGUUAAAAUGCCGAGCAAUGCCAGCAACAGGUAUGAGAAACCGCACGUUAAUCCACCUCCGUCGUCUAGAACUGGCGGCACCGGUGGCGCUGUCUCCGUUCGCUCCAAAACGCCGUCGUCUUCUGCUUCCAGACGCUCUGUUACGCCUAAUUCUCGCUCGUAUACUCGCCAGAACGACGAUGAUGCAGAAUCUGGAAGAGUUAGAGUUGCUAUUAGACUGAGACCAAAAAACACAGAGGAGAUUCUGUCAGAUGCUGAUUUUUUCGAUUGUGUAGAACCUCAACCAGAGCUUAAGAAGUUGAAACUAAAGAAAGAUAACUGGAGUUCUGAGCCUUACAGAUUUGAUGAAGUAUUUACAGAAUCUGCUUCUCAAAAACGAGUCUAUGAGGCAGUAGCAAAACCUGUAGUUGAGGGUGUGUUAAAUGGGUAUAAUGGAACGAUUAUGGCUUAUGGUCAAACAGGAACCGGAAAAACGUUUACGCUUGGUAAGUUGGGCAAGGAUGAUGCAUCUGAGAGAGGAAUUAUGGUUAGGGCUUUGGAGGACAUCAUUUCCAGUGCAUCUGCAGCAUCUGAUAGUAUUGAAAUCUCCUAUCUGCAGAUUUACAUGGAAUCUGUUCAAGAUUUACUUGCACCAGAAAAGGUCAACAUUCCAAUUGUUGAGGAUCCAAAGAAUGGGGAAGUGUUGGUACCUGGUGCAGCCGUGGUCAAUAUUCAAAAUGUUGACCACUUUUUGGAAGUACUGCAAAUCGGAGAAGCAAAUCGGCAUGCAGCAAACACAAAAAUGAACACUGAAUCUUCUCGUAGCCAUGCAAUUCUUAUGGUAUCUCUUAGAAGAUCUUUCAAUGAUAAAGAAGAAAACAACACGUCUUUUCAAGGGAAAGAUGAUAGAAGUGUGUUAGUUGGUGGCCAUGUGAUACCAACCGUUCGAAAAAGCAAACUACUUAUAGUCGAUCUUGCAGGUUCUGAGCGCCUAGACAAAUCUGGAAGUGAAGGUCACUUGGUUGAAGAGACAAAAUUUAUCAAUCUUUCUCUUAGUUCCCUUGGUAAAUGUAUAAAUGCGUUGGCUGAAAAUAGCCCUCAUAUACCCACCAGAGAUUCUAAACUAACAAGAUUGCUUCGUGACUCAUUCGGAGGCUCUGCAAGGACCUCUCUGAUAGUAACAAUUGGUCCAUCUUCUCGACAUUAUACGGAAACUGCAAGCACCAUAAUGUUUGGGCAACGAGCAAUGAAAGUAGUAAAUUUUGUAAAAAUGAAAGAAGAACUUGAUUACGAGAGCUUGUGUCGGAAACUUGAGAAUCAAAUCGAUAUACUCACAAAGGAGGUAGAUAGGCAACAAAAAUCUAAAGCAGAUAACACAUUAAGACUGGAGAACAAUCUUAGAGAAUGUCAAAAUAGCUUUGAGGAAGCCAAAAGGUCUUUAACCGCAAGGUGUGAGUUGCUAGAGAGGGAUAAAUCUCAACUGGAAAUAAAAUUGAAAGAUAUGAUAAAGGAGUUGAACUCCCAGAAAGAUCAUAAUGAUCUUGUUUGCAAAGAGGUUGAACGUCUAGAAAGAAGCUCAAAGUAUUGUGAGUCACUAGAAAAGGAGAAGUCCAAACUGGAAUUUGAAUUGAAAGACGUGUUGGAAAAGUUAGAAUUUCAGAAAAAUCAGAACAAUUUAUUGCAUGAUGAGAUUGCACGUCUGGAACUCGGUCUAGAACAUAACAAGCAAUACGAGGUUGAAACAUCUACAUACAAAAAAGUACUUGCAGACACAACACAGAUGUACGAGAAGAAAAUAGCCGAGUUAAUGUCAAAUUUAGAAGAGGAACGAGAACACUCAAACAGUGUAGAAAAACAGUUAAAAUCAAUGGAAAAUCUACUAAGUGAACGUCAAAAGUCAAUGGAGCAAUAUCAAACUGAAUGUGCGGCAUAUCAGAAGGCACUUGCAGAAACCACACAGAUGUAUGAGCAAAAAAAUAACGAGUUGGUAGUACAACUGGAGGAUGAACACACCAGGUGUGUUGGUUUAGAAGAACAGGUGAAAUUACUAAAAAGGGCUUCUUCUGAUCAUCAAAGUUCACUACAAAUUGAAGGAAAAAAGGAGAUCGAUGAUCUAAAAAUGAAAUUACAAGAAAUGACUCAGCUGCAUGAAACCAAUCUAGAUGAACUUAAAUUGGUAAAAACAGAACAUUAUAAAUUAUCAUCAGAGAAGGCUAGAUUGGGUGAUGAACUACAAGCUGUAAGAGAUGCUCUUUCACUUGAAGAAAAACGAAGGAAGACGGUUGAAAAGGAGCUAAGCAGUAUAAAAAACGCUGUACCCGAAAGCGAGGACGAUUUUGAGGAUAAGAGACCGUCCAUGAAAGAAAACAUUGCAAGAGGAUCAAACACUGGCGCCCCGUUAGGACUACAUAAUUCAAAUAAAUCAAGGGAGAUGAACUCGUUUCAAAGAACCACUAUAGCUAAAAUAUGCGAAGAAGUUGGCCUACAGAAGAUAUUGACACUAUUGCAAUCUACUGAUUUAGACGUCCAAACGCAUGCUGUCAAAGUGGUGGCAAACCUUGCUGCUGAAGAUAUUAAUCAAGAAAAAAUUGUACAAGAAGGGGGUCUAGAUGCACUGCUCAUCCUAUUGAGAACUUCUCAAAAUACGACACUACUUAGGGUUGCUUCCGGAGCCAUUGCAAAUCUUGCAAUGAAUGAACCGAACCAAGCCUUGAUUAUGGGUAAAGGAGGUGCUGCUUUACUAGCACAUACAGCUUCAAAAACAGACGAUCCUCAAACUCUCAGAAUGGUAGCCGGAGCCAUUGCAAAUUUAUGUGGAAAUGAGAAGCUGCACUUGCUGCUGAUUGAACAAGGAGGCAUUAGAGCACUCUUGGGCAUGGUUAGAUCCGGAAAUAACGAUGUCAUCGCUCAGGUUGCCAGGGGAGUCGCAAAUUUCGCUAAAUGCGAAUCUCGUGCAAUAACUCAAGGACACAAGAAAGGUCGUUCUCUUCUAAUGGAUGGCGUUUUUACAUGGUUGCUUGCAAACUCGAAUACUACCUCAAUAUCAACCCGACGUCACAUUGAACUUGCUCUUUGUCAUUUAGCACAAAAUGAGGACAAUACUAAGGAUUUCAUGACUAAUGGAGGAGUUACACAACUUUUAAAAAUCUCGGUUGAAUCCAGCAGAGAAGAUAUUCGUGACUUGGCGAAGAAGAUACUGAGAUUGAAUCGGUCUUUUAAAGCAGUGGUGCAACAAUGAUCUGUAAUGAUGUUAUUAACUCUGUAAAAUCUGUAUGUUGAUGUAUAGAUCAAAUCUUUAGCAAACUUAGCAUUACUUGUUGUACAAGUAAUGUAGCAUUCCGAGUCAAUUUGUUAGUUUGACCGGAGUAAAUACGGACAAUUUAAAGUAGAAAUCGGAAAAGAAAACAAAAACUGAUGGUUUGAUCUUUAAGCCGUUUGGGAAAA